GUUGUAUGUCGUCUAUAUAAAAUAAACGCAAUAAAAAGCUUUUCUUUACCAGAGAGAGAUAGAGAGAGAGGGGCAAUCAAAAUAAUGCUAAAGAUUCCUCAGCUGAAAAGGAAAAAGAUAAAAUAAUAAGUCACUCCCCUUUGAUUAAAUUUAUAUUUUGAGCAGCUUGAGACUGACAGGCAGAUCCCACCGAAAUAAAUUAAUUCAAUUCACCACGCCCUUCCCUCUUCAUAAAAACCCACAGAAUUCACCCAUCCUUUUUUGUGAUUUUUAUUUUUUAUUUUUUAUUUUUCAAUUUUCAGCUGGUAAUUGCCGAUCGAAUCCAGUAAAGCAAGCAAGGAAAGAUUGAUCCUUUGCGUGUCGGAAAUGAUGGGCCGGAGCUCCGACGAAAGAGAGCCUGCCGACGCCGAGUCGGAAGCUGCAGCGGAGGCGGCGGCGGCGGCGGCGGAAACCACCCACGAGAACGGUGGCAGCAGCGAGGCCGGUGGGUACAGCUCGAUUAUUCCGGGAGUUGUGGAUGAGAUCGAUAAAAGUGGCGGCGGCGGCGGCGGCGGAAACCGGUGGCCGAGGCAAGAAACACUGGCGCUGCUGAAAAUCCGGUCUGAUAUGGAUGUGGCGUUUAGAGACUCGAGCCUUAAAGGGCCAUUAUGGGAAGAAGUUUCCAGAAAAAUGGCGGAACUUGGAUUUCAACGGAGCUCCAAGAAAUGCCGAGAGAAGUUCGAGAACGUCUACAAAUACCACAAGAGAACCAAAGACGGCCGCGCCGCCAAAUCCGACGGUAAAACCUAUCGAUUCUUCGAUCAAUUGGAGGCGCUCGAAAACACCCACCCGAAUCCCUUCGCCCCUCCGCCGCUUCCGCAGCGGCAGCAGUCGCCGGCAAGAAUGGCGGUUCCGGCGAACGCCGCAAAUCUCUCGGUUCCCUCCCAUGUUACUGUUUCAUCAAUCAGUCCGACUCCUUUGAGCGUGGUGCCUCCUCAAGCUGGGACCAAUCCUAUCGAUUCUUCUUCCCCGUUCCAACAAUCGCAACCGCCAUUACAGCAUCUGUCCGGUACGAGGAACAAUUCGGUCCCUCCUCCUCAAAGCCACCCCUAUCAUCAGUCUUCUCACACCAGGGCGCUGCUGUCGGAUUCGACCUCCUCGUCGACGUCCUCCGACGAUGAUAUACAGCAGCAGCGGCGGCGGGGGAAGAAACGGAAGUGGAAGGAGUGCUUCCAGAGGCUAAUGAAGGAUGUGAUUCAGAAACAGGAGGAGUUGCAGAAGAAAUUUUUAGACACUCUGGAUAAGCGUGAACGUGAUCGAAUGGCGAGGGAGGAAGCUUGGAGGGUGCAGGAAAUGGCCAGGCUGAAUCGCGAGCACGAUCUGUUGGUCCAGGAGAGAUCCAUCGCCGCCGCCAAGGACGCGGCGGUGAUCGCAUUCUUGCAGAAAGUAACCGACCAGCACAAUUUACAGAUCCCAAUCAACAAUGCGCCGCCGCCGCCGCAACCGCCGGAGAAUCCUCCGCCGCCGCGCCAAUCAGAACCCCCUCCUCCUCCUCCGCCGCCACAGCAUUCUGCUCUCCAACCGCCGGCAUUAACAGUGACGCCGAUUAAAGCUUUCGACAUUUCGAAGACGACGGCGGACAAUGGCGGCGGUGGUGGUGGAGAAUCGUUUUCACCGGCGAGCUCGUCACGGUGGCCGAAAGCGGAAGUUCAAGCCCUAAUUAAUCUCCGGACAAGCCUGGAUUUGAAGUAUCAAGAUAAUGGACCGAAAGGCCCUCUCUGGGAGGAAAUCUCAUCCGCCAUGGCUAAGCUCGGGUACAACAGAAGCUCGAAACGGUGCAAGGAGAAAUGGGAGAACAUAAACAAGUACUUCAAGAAAGUGAAAGAGAGCAACAAGAAGAGGCCCGAGGACUCCAAGACAUGUCCGUAUUUCCAUCAGCUGGAAGCCAUAUACAAAGAGAGAGCCAAAAACGAAGCCCCGCCGGCGGCGGCGGCGUUCUACCCAUUGAAGCCGGAGAAUCCGAUGGUUCCGAUCAUGGCGCAGCCGGAGCAACAAUGGCCAAUCGCUAAUACUCAGCAGCAACAGCAACAGCACCAUGGUUCCUCAAUUCGAGAUCAGGAUCGCGACAGCGAUGAUCCCAACAUCAACGACCACGAGGAAGACGAUGAAGACGACGAGGACGAGGAGGAAGACGAAGCCAUGGGUUACGAGAUAAUGGCGAACAAGCAGCAAUCUUCCGUCGCAAACACGGCGGAGGAGUCGUGAGAAUGUUCUGCAAGCGAGUGGGCGGAGUAAACGGAGGUGGGGUGGGGUGGCCGGCGGUGAUGACACGCCCGGAAAGGGUGGAGCUGCGGCGGAGGUGAAACAAUCUCAAAACUGUUCAAAAUUACAGAAGUUAGUCGGUUAGUUUUUUUUUUUUUUUUUUUUUUCAAUUUUAAGUAUGUUUAAUUUCAUAAUUAUUUAUUAUUUUGGAAUAUUAAAUAAAUAAAUAAUUAGGGAGGGUUAGGGUGUGAAUUGAGAGCUGUUACAUCCCACCCCACCGCAACGAAAAAAUAAAAAUAAAUAAUAAAUAAAUGGGAGGGAAAUAAGGGUUAAGGGGUAUAGUGAUUUUUUUUUUUUUUUCUUUGUUCUUUUUUUGUGUUUUUUUAUUUUUUGUUCAAAUCAUAUAUAGUAAUUUAUGUUUUAUUUUUGUUUCUGCAUGCAUGGAGUGUAAAUGCUACAGACUGGAUUGUAUUAUUAAUUUUAUUUUUAUUAUUA